UGCCUGCCGACUGUCUCCUUCCUUAUCCACCCUCCACCACCCCGCACCCCCACCCCCACCCCCAUCCCCAGGAGCGGCCAUGGCCAUCCGCGUUUUGUUUCCCUCCUCCUCCUCCUCCUCCUUCUCCACCGCACACGCGACGCCGACGCCGAGGACGAGGGCGAGGGCGAGGUGGACGAGCAGACAGAGGCUGUUGUGCUGCUUCUCUUCAAGCACAAGCAGCAGCGAUGAGGUGUCAUCAUCCAUGACGGUGUCCAUCACCGGAGCCACCGGGUUCGUCGGACGAAGGCUCGUGCACAAGCUCCUAUCCGAGGAUCACAAGGUGUGCGUCUUGACACGCUCAACCUCCAAGAACAAGGCCGCCUCUCUUUUCCCUGCUUCGCGGUAUCCGGGCGUGACCAUCGCGGAGCAAGAGGAAGAGUGGGAGCGAUGCAUCAAGGGUUCCACUGGUGUUGUCAACCUCGCAGGAAUGCCAAUCAGCACCAGGUGGUCGCCACAAAUUAAGAAGGAAAUUAUGCAGAGCCGAAUCAAUGUCACCUCAAAGGUUGUGGAUCACAUCAAUAGUAGCACCAGCACUAGUUCCCCUCAACCUGAACAUGAAGCCAGCAGCAAUGCCAAUGGCAAUGGUCCCUCUGUUUUCGUCAGUGCAACAGCCGUCGGCUACUACGGCACAAGCGAGACCGACAGCUUCGAUGAAUCCAGCCCAUCAGGCAAUGACUACCUAGCACAGGUGUGUCGAGAAUGGGAGGGACGGGCACGACAAGUGAAGCAGGAGCACGUCCGGCUGGUGCUCCUUCGGAUCGGAGUCGUCCUCGGCAAGGACGGCGGUGCUCUGGCCAAGAUGAUCCCCCUCUUCAUGAUGUUUGCCGGCGGGCCGCUCGGCACAGGAACACAAUGGUUCUCUUGGAUUCAUUUGGAUGACCUGGUGGAUCUCAUCUACGAGUCCUUGCGGAACCCGGCAUACACCGGCGUCAUCAACGGCACGGCGCCCAACCCGGUGCGUCUGUCGGAGCUGUGCGACAGGCUGGGGCAGGUGGUGGGACGCCCGUCCUGGCUGCCGGUGCCGGGGCUCGCCAUCAAGGCCCUGCUAGGAGAAGGCGCCACGGUGGUGCUAGACGGCCAGAAGGUGCUCCCGGCCAGGGCCACCCAGCUCGGCUUCUCCUACCGCUACCCCUACGUCCGAGAUGCGCUCAAGGCCAUCGCUAAACAACUCUAGUUCUAUUUAAUUUCUUACACCUUAUCUUUCUUUUCUUUUCUUUUCUUGUAAUGUAUGUAUACUAGCACCCUCCAUACGGUAUUUUUGCAAAUUCAUCUCCAGAUUGUUGAGCAGUAAGGAACAUUGUCGAGUGAAUUGUAAAAAACCACCACAUUUAAAGUUUGCAUCCGGAUUUGCCACCA